CUCUUCUCCAGCUCUUCCGUACGUAUAUUAUAAUCGCACUCGUCUUCAUAAACUGAGAGAAAGCCAAAAACUUCAUGUGCAAAUGAUGAAUUUUCACUUUUGUUUAUUCGGUUAAUCUUUGAAGUUUGGAGAAAUGAAGUGGUCAAAGGAUUUCUUUCGAUCAUUAUUGGAAUUGACUGAGUGAAGAAGAAGAGGAAGUGUAGAGCAGAGCAAUGUUGACGGAAAAUUUGAUCGGAGAAAAUUACGUGUCGUCGUCGGCGGCGCUGUCUUCGUCGUCGCAUUCACUCCGGUUGCACGCCGAGGCGGCGCGGAUUUUCGAUGAAUUGCCAAAAGCGAGUAUUAUUUCGGUGUCCAGACCGGAGCCCAGAGACAUCAGCUUCAGCCCCUUGCUAUUGACAUACACCAUUGAACUCCGAUACAAACAGUUCAAGUGGAUCUUAUUGAAGAGGGCUUCUCAAGUUAUUUAUUUACACUUUGCACUGAAGAAGCGCUCAGUAAUUGAGGAAUUCCAUGAGAAACAAGAGCAGGUUAAGGAAUGGCUUCACCACAUAGGAAUACGAGAACAGAUUACAUCUCAGCAAUACGAUGAUGAACCUGAUGAUGGAGUUGUCCCCGCAUAUAAUGAACAUGGUUGUGUUAAAAACAGACAUGUUCCAUCUAAAGCUGCUUUGCCAAUCAUUCGCCCUUCAUUGGGGAGGCAAUGUGCCAUCCUGGAGAGAGCAAAAAGUGCAAUGCAAGAUUAUCUGAAUUGCUUUCUGGGGAACUUGGACAUUGUAAACACUAGUGAGGUCAUCAAGUUUUUGGAGGUCUCCAAGUUAUCAUUUUUACCUGAGUAUGGCCCCAAGCUUAAAGAAAACUAUGUAAUGGUUAAGCAUUUACCCAGAAUUUCAGAUGGUGACUCCAGAUGUUCUAUGUGUUAUCGGUUUGGUUGUUGCAAGAACAAUUGGCAAAAGGUUUGGGCUGUUCUGAAGCCUGGUUUCUUAGCUUUACUAAGAAACCCUUUUGACAUCGAACUGUUGGACAUAUUUGUUUUCGAUGCCCUUCCUGCUGUUAAUGGUAAGGGCAAGGAGCAAGUAAAUUUGGCAGAGGAAAUAAGGGAACACAAUCCUUUGCGUUAUUCAUUUAAGGUUUCUUGUGGGAAUCAAAGCAUAAAAUUCAGAACUGCAAGCUCUGCUAAAGUAAAAGACUGGGUUUCUGCAAUUAAUGAGGCUGGUCUGAAGCCCAAAGAAGGUUGGUGUAAUACUCACCGCUUUGGUUCUUUUGCUCCACAAAGAGGAUUGACUGAGGAUGGCAGUCAUGUUCAGUGGUUUAUAGAUGGAAAGGCAGCAUUUGGAGCAAUUGCUUCAUCAAUAGAGAGUGCCAAAUCUGAGAUAUAUAUUACUGGAUGGUGGCUUUGCCCUGAACUGUAUUUACGACGCCCAUUUCAUAAUCACAGAUCCUCUAGACUAGAUGUUUUACUUGAAGCAAAAGCUAAUCAAGGGGUUCAGAUAUUCAUUCUUCUGUACAAGGAGGUUGCUCUUGCAUUAAAAAUUAACAGUUUAUACAGUAAAAAGAAGCUUCUUAGCAUUCACAAGAAUGUGAAAGUUUUACGCUAUCCUAACCAUUUAUCUGCAGGAAUCUAUUACUGGUCACAUCAUGAAAAAAUUGUUAUUGUAGAUCAUCAUAUCUGCUUUAUUGGUGGAUUGGACUUAUGCUUUGGCCGUUAUGAUACAGUUGAACAUAAAAUUGGUGAUUACCCUCCUUUUUUAUGGCCCGGAAAGGACUAUUACAACCCAAGGGAAUCUGAACCAAAUUCGUGGGAAGAUGCAAUGAGAGAUGAACUGGACCGAGAAAAAUAUCCACGUAUGCCUUGGCAUGAUGUCCAUUGUGCACUUUGGGGACCCCCAUGCCGAGAUAUUGCAAGGCAUUUUGUUCAGCGCUGGAAUCAUGCUAAGAGAAGCAAAGCUGCAAAUGAACAAGAAAUACCACUACUUAUGCCGAAACACCACAUGGUUAUCCCACAUUACUUGGGAAGAAGCCAAGAAGUAGACAUUGAAAGUAAGAAUGCUGAAGUGGAUGCAAAAGACUUAAAUGGACAGGACUUAUUUGCUUCAGGGUCACCUCCUGAAGACAUACCAUUGCUUUUGCCCCAGGAAGCUAGUGGCAUGGAAGCUUCCAAUCUAAACAACACACUAGAUGAUGUCUGUGGUCAAUUAGAUCCACUAGAUCAAACAACUGACCUGCAAGAUGGUUGGUGGGAAAAGGUCUCAGUUGAUGAAUUAGCAGAAGCUGGUCCUCGGACCCCUUGUUCCUGUCAGGUUAUCAGAAGUGUAAGCCAUUGGUCGGCUGGAACAAGUUAUACUGAAGACAGUAUUCACACAGCUUAUUGUUCUCUCAUUGAGAAUGCUGAGCACUUUGUCUACAUUGAGGGGGGUCUGGAUGACAGUGGAGCAGCAUCUGUGAGAGCCAUAAUGCAUUGGCAAUACCGAACAAUUUGCAGGGGACAAAACUCUAUACUGCAUAAUCUUAAUGCCUUGCUAGGUCAAAAAGCAUCUGAUUACAUAUCUUUCUGUGGUCUCAGAACUUAUGGCCAACUUUCUGAUAGCUGUCCAUUGGUCACAAGCCAGGUUUAUGUCCAUAGUAAACUCAUGAUAGUGGAUGACCGCAUAGCGUUGGUUGGAUCAUCUAAUAUUAAUGAUAGAAGCUUGCUAGGAUCUAGAGACUCCGAGAUUGCUGUAGUCAUUGAAGAUAAAGAUUUUAUUGAGUCGUCGAUGGAUGGAAAGCCUUGGAAGGCUGGAAGGUUUGCUUUUAGCCUUCGGGUGUCAUUAUGGGCAGAGCACUUGGGUCUGCGUACUGGAGAGAUUUCUCAAAUCAAGGAUCCUAUAGCUGACUCUACAUACAAAGAUUUGUGGCUCUCAACUGCUAAGUUGAAUGCCACUAUCUACCAAGACGUCUUCUCUUGCAUCCCAAAUGACCUUAUAUACUCAAGGUCUGCACUGAGACAAUGUAAAGAAAGACUGAGGCACAACACUGUUGAUUUAGGAGUUGCUCCCAAAAAACUUCGAGUUUAUGUUGAUGAUAAAGUCACGAUAGUGAAUCCAACAGAGAGGGUAAAGUCGAUUAAAGGACAUCUUGUUCAUUUUCCCUUGGAGUUCAUGCGUGAAGAAGAUUUGAGACCAGUGUUUAUUGAUCCCGAAUUUUAUACUAACCCUCAUGUUUUUCAUUGAGCAUAUAUUAGAAUUUGAGUAUGCAUUUUAGGACUUCCACUUGUAUUGGAGAACCUAUCAUGUUACAUGUAUACGAGUAGAUGCACUGAUUUAGGGCAGGCAGAUUGGAGGUAACAAUUCUACAUUGACAGUGGGAAGAUAUCCCCCGAGGCCAAAUUCACUUUUAAGAGAAUAUGGCUGCAUACAACUAGUUUGUUAAUUCAAAAUGGAGAGAGAAGCAUCAUUCUGCGUACAAUUUGACAUUAGUAUUCAAGAAGUCGCUUUUUUUUUUUUGGUUGAACAUAGAACGCAGAGACUCGUGUGCGUGUGUUGUGCGUACAACAAUUCUAAUCUAAUUUAAUAUCGAGGUUUUUAUGUCUAA